AAAGUGCAAAAUCAAGCGCUCAGAGUCAUCACAGGAGGGAUGAAAUCAACCCCCAUAUUAGAAAUGGAGAAAGCUGGGAAAACACAGGCACUGAGAGGACGCAGAGAUACAAAGUUGCAAAUAAAAGCUGAAAAGUUCCUCAGUAUGCCAGAUCACCCGAUGGAAAAUAGAUUUAAGAACCUAGCCUUGGGACGGUUAAAAAGAAGCAGCUUUAUACACCAAGCAAAAAGAAUAUGUAGAAGAAUACUCCCGACCUUCCAGAAAUUGGCUGCCCACUUAAAAGUAUUCCGGAACAAACCCCAUGGAGAGAAAAAAUUUAAACUAACGGUACAAAUCCAGACAAAUGUAAAAGGGAUAUUUGACAAGUAA